UUAUCUCUUUCUCGUUUCGGUUUCAAUUCCGCGUCUCUCUCUCUCUCUGUAGAAAUCGAAAAGAUCUCAGAGAUACAACGAAGCCGUAAAUCUCGUGAAGGGUUUUAAAACUUUUGAAAAAAAAAAAAAAAGCAUUCUGAUCUAUCUCCCUCUUGUUGCUUUUGCCUUAAUCGAAUCCAAAUGGCUGGUUACAAAGCAGACGAUGAAUACGAUUACCUUUUCAAGGUUGUCCUCAUCGGUGAUUCCGGUGUUGGCAAGUCUAAUCUGCUUUCACGGUUCACCAAGAACGAGUUUAGUCUCGAGUCCAAAUCCACCAUCGGAGUCGAGUUCGCGACUCGGAGUUUGAAUGUUGAUGAUAAAGUCAUCAAAGCCCAGAUUUGGGAUACUGCUGGUCAAGAAAGGUACCGAGCCAUCACUAGCGCGUAUUACCGAGGAGCUGUUGGAGCGCUUCUUGUCUACGACGUAACCCGACACUCCACAUUCGAAAACGUGGAGACGUGGCUCAAAGAACUCAGAAACCACACUGAUCCCAACAUCGUAGUCAUGCUCGUGGGCAACAAAUCUGAUCUCCGCCACCUCGUGGCUGUUCAGACAGACGACGCCAAGUCAUUCGCCGAGAAAGAGUCUCUUUGCUUCAUGGAAACCUCUGCUCUUGAGUCCACGAACGUCGAGGACGCUUUCGCGCAAGUCCUCACUCAGAUCCACAGUAUUGUGAGUAAAAAGGCCAUGGAAGCAGCUAGCGAGUCAGCUAACGCCCCGUCGAGAGGAGACAAGAUCGAAAUUGGUAAAGAUGUUUCUGCUGUCAAGAAAGCUGGAUGUUGUUCGAACUAAUAAGAGAGUGAGUGAGUGGUUAUUGUUUUAAUGUUAACGACCGGAGGAUCUCGGUUUUUGUUAACUGUUUAUUUAUUCAAAGUCAUUCGAAUAUUGAAAGAUUGCUUUAGGUUUAUUAAAAUGUCCUUGUCAUGUAUUUCUCUGUUUAUUAUAUAAAUUUAUCAAUGCUCUUGCUUGAAAAA